CGUGAGCGGUCUCCUCCCGCUCGCUCGCAAGGUGUGCACUCCUUGAGCAGGUCUCAGGAAGAUGGCAACCUUAGAGGACACUGAGGAGUCCACUCCUGUCUUGUCACCCAGCAGUCUCUCAUCACCAGGGCCAGCUGGAGACCAUCACCAUGUGGCACAGCUGCACCUCCACGGGCAUUCUCACGACUCUGAAUGGAAGCCUAAGAAGACUCCAACUUCUCUCAAUUCCCACAGUCCUGGAGAUGGGCUGGUCUCAGAUGGAAGGGCAAUAAGGGACCUGUUGAGUCUUCCCAGCAUCUCUAAGUGUGGGGACAGCUUUGGCCAAGAGUGUACCUUGGAGCAUCCAGCAGGCCUGUCUCCAGGAUCCAUUCCCUGCUCUCAGAAAAGGGACACUUGGCACAUGGUACUCUUGCCACAGGGAGCCCAAAGGACUGGGGUCAGCACCAAGAAGGCUGCUGAGCUGGGCAGUAGUUUGGAUCGCAGCUGCCAGCAAGCCAGCCCACAGGGUCCCAAGCCACACCGCUGCGAGGCCUGUGGUAAGAGCUUCAAGUACAACUCUCUGCUACUGAAGCACCAGCGCAUCCACACAGGGGAGAAGCCUUACGCCUGUCACGAGUGCGGCAAGCGCUUCAGCAGCUGGUGGGGCUCCAUGCAGCAUCACCGCAUCCACACGGGUGAGAAGCCCUAUGAGUGCGGCCAUUGUGGCCAGGCCUUCAGCCACAGCUCACACUUCACACAACACCUGCGCAUCCACAAUGGUGAGAAGCCCUACAAGUGUAGCGAAUGCGGUCAUGCCUUCAGCCAGAGUUCCAACCUGGUACGCCACCAACGGCUGCACACGGGAGAGAAGCCUUACGUCUGCAGCCAGUGCGGCAAGGCCUUCAUCUGGAGCUCCGUGCUCAUCGAACACCAGCGUAUUCACACUGGUGAGAAGCCCUACAAGUGUGAAGAUUGCGGCAAGGCCUUCCGAGGCCGUUCACACUUCUUCCGGCACCUACGGACUCACACGGGUGAGAAGCCCUUUGCCUGUGGCACCUGUAGCAAAGCCUUUGGCCAGAGCUCUCAGCUCAUCCAGCACCAGAGAGUGCACUACCGAGAUUAGCACACACCCCAAUAAAGUGUGAGUGAACCUGCUCCUCCUGGGUGACAUGGCAGGACAUAGCCUGUGUCCAAGUAUGAUGGUUAAAGAAACUGUUUUGUGCUAAGUAUCCAUCUUGGUACCCACUACCUGUUAGUCUCUGACUCCAGUCCCUGGAGGAUAAGUUCCCUAUAACUCAUAACGCCCACCCGGAAAUGCACAGCUGUGACCAUCUCCUUUAUGCUAUGACUGUUGGUUUCUGUGGCCUGUUUAUGCAGACAUUCAAGGACUAUUUUGAUUUCUCCCUGGUUGCCUAAUCUUGGCAGAGCAGAACAGCACCUGGCUUAUUCGUGCCCAUACUCAAGUUCUUCUUGGGGUUUUCUCUUUAAAAAUCCUUCCCUUCGCCCCUUCUCACAGCAGUCUCUAGUUUGGCUCAGAGGUUGCUGUCCUGCUAGCAGGUUCAAUAAAUGGAACUAAUUAUA